UAUUUGGGUAUAUGUACUGCUGCUGACUCUGUGAUCCAGUAGAAGCAACAGCUCACCUGCAGACCUUAAAGCUGCUAUUCAUCCACAGAGCUGAGACACACACUUCACACAAUGGCUGGGGAUCAACGCUUUGUAAUCAGUGCUCGCAUUAUUGGAGCCGUGCACAGGGACACUCCUAAACUCAAGAUGUUCAUGAUUUCUGUGUUGUGGUCGGACAACGCUGAAGUGAUAAUUUACAGGUCCUUCCAGGAGUUCAGGAAAUUCCAUAGGCAGCUGAAGAAGAGAUUCCCUAGCAUUAACAUUUUCAAGAAAAAUAACAGAGUGAUCCCCAAAUUUAGAGGACAGGCCAGGAAGAGCAGCCAGAAGACAGGAUCCAAGCGCUCCAUCCAACGCAUGAAGUUCCUGGAGAGCUACUGCGAGAAAGUUCUGAAGUGCGAUCAAAGUGUGACACGGACCCCAGAGGUGACUCAGUUCUUCACACCCAAAGAUCACGACCUGCAGUCAGACUUCACCAAGAACAGCAUCAUGAUCCUGAUGUCUGAUGAUCUGCCUGAUGGUGGAGGAGGAGGAGAAGUUUCUCACCAGCCUAAAGGCAGCGUCACUCACCCGUUUGUCACCCAGACUUACUCCUGCGUGGCCGCCUACGAGACAAAAGAUACCAAGAAUCGUCCGUUUAAGGUCGCUAUGGACGAGAAGCUGGACGUGCUGAUCAAAGAUCCUGCAGGUUGGUGGCUGGUUGAGAACGACUCAAAGGGUUUGGCUUGGUUUCCUGCUCCCUACCUGCAGUUAAUGGACGGAGAGGAUGAGGAAGACUCUGUAUUCCAGCAUGCAGGUGUGUGUUAUUUUCAGUCAAAUUAUAAU